GUCAAAGUCUACGCUGCAAGGAGUCACGGCGACAAUGGGCAACAGUUCGAAUCUCUAGAAGUGGAAAAGGAGGCAUUUUUCGGGUGCGAGAAUGCGAGGCUUGUGGUCCGAACACUUCCCACCGGCGGAGAAAUCGCCGCCGCCGCCGUCGACGCCGCCACGGCCACCGCCGCGUGAUGGGUACGAGCGCUGCUUGCUAUGUCCUUUUUGUAGCUCGCGUUGCCGAAUUUUCACCUCAUCUACUGAAAAAAACCCAAAUCGGAAUUUCUACACUUGCCAAUCGAAGGAGCACAAGUUCUUCAAGUGGGCUGACGAUGUGAGUGCUAACGAGUUCAUCGACGUCCCCUCCUGCGGGGGCUGCAACGCCGGCGUUUGCCGGGUCAGCAGGGAGAAGUCCGGGAAAAAUGCGGGUCGGAUCCUGUUCAUGUGCAGAAUAAAAGAGGGUGAAGGAUCUUGCGGCUACAGAGUUUGGCAAGACGAGCUAGAGCGAGAAUCCAAUGAAAGGACGAGUUCAUCUCCUACAGCUGCGACAAGCAGUGGCGGCCGGAACUCGAUAAAUGUUAACUUCGUCGACCAAAGACCACAAAGUAAUGAGAAAGCGGAUAAGAAGUCACCCGCAAACGACAACAAGAGCUCAAUAAAUGUUAACUUCGUCGACCAAAGACCACAAAGUAAUGAGAAAGCGGAUAAGAAGUCACCCGCGAACGACAACAAGAGCUCAAUAAAUGUUAACUUCGUCGACCAAAGACCACAAAGCAAUGACAAAACGAAUAAGAAGUCACCCGCAAACGACAACAAGAGCUCAAUAAAUGUUAACUUUGUCGACAAAAGAACAGAAAGUGAUGAGAGAGCAGAUAAGAAGUCACCCGUGAACGACAGCAAGAACUCAAUAAAUGUUAACUUCGUCGACAAAAGAACAGAAAGAGAUGAGACAGCGGAUAAGAAGUCACCCGUGAACGAAAGCAGGAACUCAAUAAAUGUUAACUUUGUCGACACAAGAACACGAAAUGAUGAGACAGCUGAUAAGAAGUCACCUGAGAACGACAGCUUGAACUCAAUAAAUGUUAACUUCGUCGACAAAAGAACACGAAACGAUGAGACAGCUGAUAAGAAGUCACCGGAGAACGACAGGAGGAACUCAAUAAAUGUUAACUUCGUCGACAAAAGAACACGAAAUGAUGAGACAGCUGAUAAGAAGUCACCCAAGAAAGACAGUUUGAACUCAAUGAAUGUUAACUUUGUCGACAAAAGAACACAAAAUGAUGAGACAGCUGAUAAGAAGUCGCCCGUGAACGACGGCUCACAGCGUGUCCAGUAUGUUGGGGCUGUACCCAGAAAGAUCAGAAAGUUUAAACAUCAGGAUGAGAAAUCCCAUGAAUCUUCAAGGAGAUCUCCCAAAAGUUCUCAUGGAGAUUUUAAAGGUUCUUUAACUUGUGAUCGCCCUCACACAGUGCACUUGGUUGAGAAAUCUGCUUCAAUUCAACAUUCUUGGAUGGCAGCUGCAAUUAGUCAAAAUUUAAGCGACGAGCUUCAGGGUUGGUGGGGAAGACUCGCUUUCCAUCCGAUGCCCUCUAUGGGUAUACAUGCAUCUACCGAUGUUUCAUCUACGGCUACGGUUGAUCCUAGUGAGAUGCAUUCAAAUGCUUUGUCUACGGAAACUGAAAGCUCUCAAGAAGUUCGAAGAUCUAGUGACCCUUCGGUUCACAAUGCUGAGCUCGUAGCAGACACUAGCCCUUCACUGGUUGCUCAAGAUUUACCGGCAACAAGACGUAACAAUUAUAUGUCAGAUGCCGUCUCAAAGAAAUUUAGUCAGGCUGCCAUGGCUCUUGUGAAUGACUUUCUUACUUUAUUGGCGACAAUGGAUGCCGAGCACCAUGAAGCAAUUAGUCGAGAAGCAGAUGUUACAUUUGCUGCUCUGGAUUGCCUAAAGGUUGAUCAUCAAGAUUUCAAGGAGCGUGUAAAGGAACUCAUUCACUCUGCAAAGACAUUGUCCGAUAUCGAGCAAUCAAUGUCAAGUAACGAUUCUUAUCAGAAAUUACUCGAUAGUGAGAGAAGUAGACUGGAUGAGAUCAAUCACAAUCAUGCUGAGUUAGUCAAGACCAUCGCGAGCAUGAAAAGUCAUCUGAAAAAUUCUCAAGAAAAAAUUUCUUCAGUGAGAACUAGGCUCCUCGAGAUGGAGUCAGAAGUUUCAUCAUAUGAAGACGAGAUUCAAAACAUGGAGCAAACAUUGGAUGAAAUAAAUGAAAGCAGGGAAAAUCUAGAGGAAAAGUAUGGCUCUGCAGCUAAGGUAGUGAAGGAGUUGCAGGCACUUUGCGCGCGUAAAAAAUCCGAACAUGAUGCUGCUAAGGUCGCAUAUGCCACAGCAAGGUCAUUGCUUUAUGGACAUAAAUCUGCUGCCGAGUAGCGUGCAGUUGCCUCUAUGCAUUGUAUAUUUGGAUUGCUCCUUGUGCAGUAAUUAAAUAAAUCUUACGACAAGGAGAUUGGCUACAGCCAUUGGCUCUCAGGUUCAAUUUUUCGCUUAUUGCUAAAUCUCUGUUACCUUUUGCUCAAGUAAGUCAUAUGUAUAUUAUUUACUUGGAUUUCUGUAUUAUUGCGGUGAAGUUUGCUACUGGAUAUCGCAUAAAUUCUCAAAAGCUGUACGAACACAGCAUUAUAUAAUCUCUGUAUUAUUACAAAUCAAUCAGUGAUUCUCGUGUUUCAUGGGGGAUUAGACACCUUUAAUGUAAUGUAUGAAAGUGUACUUUACUGUGUUUCUUUUGCCCUGUUUCA